AGGACUUUUCAAAUUGUGCUAAUGAAAAGGAACCUCCGCACGAACCUCACGCGAAGCGCCAUGGAAAUUUCACGACGAUGAGCUUGAGGCCAAUCGCCGGCGCCGGCGCCAGAUCUACGGCCAAUGCGCCGUGCAGGAAGCAUCCUAACCACCGCCAAUCGCCGGGGGUAUGCUCCGUAUGCCUCACCGAGAAGCUCGUUAUACUGUCCUCCGACCGUGGAUCGAAGCCGGUAAGAUCUCCUCCGUCUUCCAACUCCUCCGCUUCCUCCUACGUCUCCUCGCUGUCGUCCUCUUCGUGCGCUUCGCCGCCUCUCGCGGUGGCUAGGGUUUACAAGAGGUCGAUCGCAGCGAAUAAUCUCCUCACGAAGAGUCGAUCGGUGGCGACGUUCGCGCCGCGGCGGCGCAGGGAGGAGGAGGAUGAGGAUUCCGCGGGGAAGAAAGCUGCUCGCCGCAGCAAACGUGGAUUCUGGUCGAAAUGGUUGGUGAUGAGGAGUAAAGGUAAAAAUCUUACUCACUCGAAAACGAUGAACGAUAGAACCAUUAGAGCACUCGGUUAGCUUACCUUAGCUUGCUGUGUUCGUCCUUCUUCAAUUCUUUUUUCCAUUAUUUUUUAAUUUAUUGAAAAAAAGAGUGCUAAAAAUAGAAAUACCUGUACAGGCAACAAUAUUGAAAAACAUGUGUAUUGUAUUAUUGUAUUUACAAACUACAAAGUUUUGUUUUCCUCUUCAAUUAUCAAUUCCAUUUGUUAUUUGUCU